AUGGACACAACCUGGUCCAACGUUCAGCAACCUCUAGCUCCUCAAAGAGAUGUAUCGACGGGCGAUGAUACUGUCAUUCUGGGUGCAGGUGUCAUUGGCCUCGCGACGGCCUAUCAGCUCGCACUCGCUCACCGAAAGACCGUCAAUGCGACAUCCAGGCCACCUGGCAAAAUCAUCGUCGUCGAGCGAGCUGCGCAUAUUAGUCCUGCUGCCUCUGGUCAAGCGACAGGUGGGCUUGGAGAUUUCGGCUUCGCGAGCGGUGUCGCUGAUCUGGGUGUUCUGUCCUACAGGCUGUUCCAGGAACUUGCUCUCGCGAAUGGGAUGGAGGAGUUUGGCUUUGGCGAGUCUACGAUCUAUCGCGUCAUACCAGACAACUUCACGGGUACACCUAAGCCAACUGAUAGUUGGGGUCCAAGUCCUCCCAUGGAUCAGCCUCUGUCUGCGCUCCCUGACUGGAUUAGACCCAAGAGCCAUUGGUCAGUGCAGCGCAUGACUGGACCCUCUCAUGCAUCGCAUCUUGAUCCAGCUCAAUUCUGCCAGUUCCUCUUCAAGGAAUGCAAGAAUUUGGGCGUUGAGUUCAUCUUCAACGCCAACGCAACAUCAGUCCAGGCGGCACCACGAGCGAGACAUUUCACAAGCAUCCAGAUCAAGCAACAAUAUCACGACCCUCUCAACAUCCCCUGCAAAAGCCUGGUCAUAGCAGCAGGCCCCUGGUCCCCACACGUCUUCUCACUACUCUUCCCUCACGCCUCUCUCCAACUCCCAAUGAACUCCACAGCCUCAGCCGGAAACCAUUUCCGCGUCCGCACACCCAACUGGAAACCAGAGGACGACGUGAAGGGAAGUGAGCAAGUCUUCUUCCAGAGCGAUGUUCCGGGUAGACAGGGUCUCGACAUCACUAGUUUUUCGGGGGGUGAGUUGUAUGUCGGUGGAUGGGGAGCGGCACCGGAAGAACUUCCUGAGCUUGCGGAGGAUGUGCAUGCGCAGUCGGGUGAGAUUGAGAGGAUGAAAGAGGUUGCGAAGGGGUAUUUGAGGGUGCCGGAGGGUGGGGAGUUGGAUGUUUUUGCGGUGGGGAGGUGCUAUAGGCCGCUUUCGACGAUCGGGCAUCCGAUAGUCAUGAAGGUGGACUGGGAGUUGCUUGGUAUGGAAGACGAGUCCUGGGAUAGGCCGCUUCCUUCGAAGCAAGGCAGAGAUGAUCAGGAUGGUCGGUACGGUCCGGGGGGUUUGUUCCUGAACACGGCCCAUUUUGAUGAUGGUGUAACACUAUCGCUUGGCAGUGGGAAGGUUAUGAGCGAGCUACUGAUGGGUCUUCCACCUUCGGUUGAUACAUCGGGGCUUGGAUUGAGAUGA